AUGUCUGCACCUACAGAACUUCCUAUAGAUGCGGAGUCUACGAAGAAGCUUGAGAAGGAAUUCUCAAUGGAGGCCAAAUCUGAGGAAAAGAAAAUGCAGUCAGCCUUCAAAGAUAUGCACAAACACGAAAAAUUAGAAGCCAAGGCUUGCAAGUCCGUAAACAAAGCUGAAAAAGCUGUCAAGAAGUUGGAAAAGCUGGAGCUGGAGACCGUUCAUUCCCUCCAUGCCAUCACCCACAAACACGACGUAGCUAUUGCAGACCUUCACAAGGCGCAGGCAAGCCUUCAUACUCAGCAACAGCAGCUAGAAAAACACAAACAAGACUCAUUAACUGCACGAACACACGUCGACCAGGUCGCCAAGGAUAAGAACGAUCAUGAUCGUGAUCGUCGCGAUAAACUCAAUCAGCUGCACUCAAGCCCGGCGAUCCAGACCGGUGGUCCGAGCGCCGGCUCUUCAGGUGCCUCUAGUACUGGUGCAAGUCAGGAAAGGACGUAG